AUGUCUAGCGCCAGCCAGAACCUCGCCCAGCACGUCCGCAAGGAGCAGCCUUUGACUUUCUUGUCUCUAGCUCCCACAACCUCUGCCUCAUACCCCACCGCCCAGAGCAUCAAGCCCGCCAUGCACCCCCGUCGCAGCUCCAGCCAGAGCAGCGUCGGCAGCCUGCGUUUCCUCAAGCUCGGUCCCGUCCACUAUGGCGAGCACCCUGGUGAGCAUAAGGAAGAUUAUCACGAGGUUGCCGUUGUUGACGAGCAAGCACGCGCUCCAACUAGACAAAAGUUGAACAAAAAAAACGUAGCGCUUACGAACGACGAACUAAAACUUUACGACAUGGCCAAAAUUAUUGUAACGAUCUACUUCAUAGCAUGCACCUAA